AUGAGUUCGUACUUCGGAUCAGCGAUCGGCUCUCUCUUCCAAUCCGGUCCAAAGCUCGCGCACGAUAUCGUCGGCGGCGAAAUCAUCUCCUCCUCGCGAACUUUGUUCGGCUCGCAUUGGAAAACGUUCGAGGGCAAAUCGCAGGAAACCGGCGAGAUGGUGACUGUAUUCACGUGCAAGAUUAAAGACAAGGAGAAAGAACGAGUGGCGUUAGAGUUAGCCAGGAACGGGGCGAAACGUUUGAAAUUGUGCAAACACCCGAACGUGUUGCAAGUGAAAGAAACGUUAGAGAUCGAGAGUGGGAACGAGAUUACCAUUCACGUGGUCACGGAAAAAUGCGUGCAGUUAGAAGAUCACUUGAAAGAUGUGCCGAAGGGGACGCAUCAGAGAGACGAAUAUUUUGCGUUGGGCAUUCGCGAAGUCGCGACUGGGAUUGCGUUCUUGAACAACGCGGUUGGAUUAGUCCACGGCGCGAUAGGGUUGUCCUCGAUUGUCGUGACGGAAAAUUUAGAGUGGAAAAUCGCCGGGUUCGAUUUAGUCUCCGAAUUGAACGAGAUUGGACGAGGGGUGAACGGGCAGGCGUCUAUCGUGCACGGCGCGUAUAUGGUUCCAGAUCAGUAUAAACCGGACGAGUAUCGCAGAGGCGAUUGGCAGUCCGUUCCGGAAGGGCCGCCGUGGGCCAUCGACUCGUGGGGGUUGGGAUGUUUGAUUAGAGAAGUUUACGGCGGCGGGGCGAUGACGAGCGCGGAACAGUUGAGAGACAUUCAACACAUACCGAAGGUGUUAUUGAAAGAGUAUCAAAAGUUGUUGGGGAGUCAACCGGCGAGACGAUACAAUCCUAAAAAGUUGAUUGAAAACUCAACCUUGUUCGAGAACAAAUUGGUUGAAACGAUUGCCUUCAUCGACAACUUGAGCUUGAAAGACGCCAUCGAGAAAGAAUAUUUUUUCAGACACUUACCGAGAGUUAUGGAAGGUUUGGCAACGGUCACGGUUGAAAGAAAAAUUUUACCAAAACUAUGCUCCGCUCUCGAAUUCGGCGCUGCGCCGGCGUUAGCCAUCACCCCGAUGUUGCAAGCGGCGAAAAAUUUACCGGUUGAAGUCUUCGAGAAGAAAAUUAUCCCAACCAUCGUGAAGUUGUACGACAAAACAGACCGAGCAAUUCGCGUGGCAUUGUUGGAGCACCUGCAAAAAUACGUCCACGCGAUGGACGAAAAGAUGACGGAUGAAAUCAUCUACGAUAAGAUAUCGACUGGAUUUAACGAUCAAGAUCCGUUUGUGAGAGAGUUGACUUUACGCACGGUGUUAUUGUUGGCGCCGAAAUUAACGCAACGAACGUUAGGGUCGAGUUUGUUGAAGCACUUAUCUAAGUUACAAGUGGACGAACAACCGGCUAUUCGAGCAAACACGACGAUUUGUCUAGGAAACGUGGCGACGUAUUUAUCGGAAUCCACGGCGAAGAGAGUUUUGUGUAAUGCGUUUACGAGGGCGUUGAGAGACGCGUUUCCAAACGCGCGACAGGCUGGUUUGAUGGCGUUAAAAUAUACCACGCAAUAUUAUGAGCCAGUUGAACUUUCCUCGAGAAUCGUACCGUCCAUUGCGCCUUUAAUGACUGAUGUCGAGCAAUCAGUCCGAGAGGAGGCGUUUGAGACUAUGAAUGUCUUCAUGGAAAUUCUUCGAAGAAACUCAAACGCGAUGAAAUUAGGCCCGGAAGAAGCGCAAAGAAUGUUAGAAGCGGAACAAGCCGAAGCGCACGAGAAAGCGAAGAAGAAAGCGAGCAAAGCUGGAUCGAUGUUAUCGUGGGCGGUUGACAAGAUGGCCAAUGCAGUUGGUCAAGUCGGUAGCAACGAUAGCGAUAGCGUAAACAACGGCGAUAACAUCGAUUUGAACAGCGAGGUGUUUGCGGCGAAAAGUUUCGGGUCCUCGGCACCGCCGCCAAGAUUGUACGGUUUAACUCCAAACGCGAGUCCGAACCCGUCGCCAAACCCGAGUCCAGCGCAAGCGGUAAAAUCUCGAGGCGGUGGGUACGUCAACAACUCCAGUCCGAUUUACGAAGAACAGCCGCCUCCGUCGUUGAAGAAUUUCGGAAGUGAGGAAGAUCUUAGUCAUAACAAUAAUAAUUUUAAUAGCCGAGAACAAGCACCAGCAGGGACAACGAAAAAUCCUUCGGACGGAUGGGGUGAUAUGGACGACGACGACGACGACUACUCUGGAUUCGAUAAAGAAGAAGAAGAAGCGAGAGCGCGUUUGAGUAAAAUGUCCACCACGUCGUCGCGACCGGCGACGGCUGCCCGACCGGGAGGUUCUCUUGCCGGCAUGGGAGCGAAGAAAAUGAGCAACGCGAGCGCCACGAGCGAUGGAUGGGGGAGCGAAGACAUGGACGAAGCCUUCGCCGCGCCUGCUCCGGCAGCGCAAAGACGACCGAUGAACAGUGGCGGGCACGUCAGUCUAGGCGCGAAGAAACUCGGCGCGAAACCUCUAAAGUUGGGCGCCAAAAAAGUACUCUCGGCGAAAGAUAUCGACUUAGAGUCGAUGCUAGGAUAA